AUGGCCGACUCAGCCCAAUCCAAAUCUGUACUUGAUUUGACCCCCCGUGAGCAGGAGGUUGUGAUCUACGCUAUGCUCAAUCUCAAAUGUGGAGAGGACUUUCAGGUUGACAAUGCUGCACUUGCCAAAGCCCUCGGACUGAAGAAUGCUGCUAGCGCUGCGACCUGCUGGUGCAACGUAAAGAAGAAGCUCUUUGCAAACAAGAACAACUCUGUCGGUGCUGGUGAUUCUGGCGCGGUCUCUGCCACACCAACCAAAGCAAAGACUCCACGUGCCAAACCGACACCCAAAUCCAAGAAAGGUGCCAUAUCUGAACCUACAGUUGAACAGUCUGGCGACUCUGACGAGAAUAAUGAUGCUAAGCCAACCUCUCCAGCCGGCGAAGAGCCACCAGCUACCCCUACAGCCCAAGCCAAAGCAGCUGCAACCAAGAAACGAGGUCGUAAGACCAAGGCAGAAAAAGCAGCUGAAGCUGCCGCAGCGCUGGAAACUACAGACGACGCCGCAAGCAACACACAGGCCCAGGAUGAUGAUGACGACGAAGCUGAGAAGCAGCCGCCUGCCAAAAAGCAGCGCAAGGCUCCGCUGAAAAAGCCAGUCCCACAGCCAGAUGAAGAGACCAUUGAAGGAGAAGACGCUGAUGCCAAUGCCAAUGCUAAUGCCAGCGCUUCUUCUGUUGCAAAGCCCAAGGCUGUCAGAAAACCUCGCAAGGCACCCACUAAGAAGUCCACCCUGAGCGAAGUUACUGUCAUCGAAGACGAUGAUGAUGGAGAGGCUGCAGAUGUUCAACUCACCUCUGCCACCGCUACAGGCAGCCAAGCCGUCGAGGAAAUAGUAGAGACUGAGCUCAUGUCACUUGCUGCCCAAGCCAUCAUCGCAGGCGAGAAGCAUUCCGUCUCUGCGGAGGAUCCUGAGGCAUGGACCCACACAGCAGUCGUUGUCGCUGCAUCGUGUGGAAAUACCUCUGAUGCCGACACCAUCGUGGUCAACUGA